AUGCGUAUAAAUUCGCUUAUAUAUGCAAACUUGUUGCUUACGGCCAUCCAUGCAAACUUCUUUAGCAAAGGAAAUAAGGCAAAUUACGUUUCAGCUUAUAUAAAUUCAUUCCACCAUAUUAAUAAUAAUAACAAUAAUGAUAAUAAGAUAAAUAUCGAAGAUAAUAACAAAAUAAAUGAUACUAACACAGGAAAACGUCAAGACCAAUUAAAUAAUUUUUUUACUAGGAGGUUUUAUACUUUUCAUAACAAAAAUCAAUAUUUAAGAGAAGAAAAGAGAAACUCAAAAGAAGUUAAUUUAACCAACAACAAUACCAAUAGCUACAAUAUGGAAUCUUCAAAUGAGCAAAACAACCAAAUGAUGGGUGGGGAUUCGUAUAAAGAGAGACUUCAAAAUUUAAAAAAAUAUAUGGCUGAACAUAAUAUUGAUGUUUACAUCAUAAUAAAUAGUGACGCACACAAUUCUGAAAUUAUAAAUGAUCAAGAUAAAAAAAUUUAUUAUUUAACUAAUUAUAGUGGUGCUGAUGGAAUAUUAAUAUUAACAAAAGAUGCACAAAUAAUAUAUGUAAAUGCUUUAUAUGAAUUACAAGCUAAUAAAGAAUUAGAUACAAAAUUCUUUACUCUUAAAGUUGGUAGAAUAACAAAUAGAGAUGAAAUUUUUCAAACAAUCGCCGAUCUUAAAUUUAAUACUAUUGCUUUUGAUGGAAAAAAUACAAGUGUUUCUUUUUAUGAAAAAUUAAAAGAUAAAAUAAAAAUUCAAUUCCCCGAUAAAAAAAUCCAAGAAAAAUUCAUAUAUAAAAACUCUAUUAAUCAAGUUGUUAAAGAUAAUAAUAUUAAUUUAUAUGUAUUAGAAUCACCAUUAGUUACUGUACCAAACAGUGAUGUAAAUAAAAAACCGAUAUUUAUAUAUAGCAGAGAAUUUGGUGGCUCUUGUGCUGCACAAAAAAUUCAAGAAUCUUUUGAUUUUUUCAUCGAGAACCCUGAUGUAGAUUCUUUGUUACUUUCUGAACUUGAUGAAAUAGCUUAUUUGCUUAAUUUAAGAGGUUAUGACUACAAAUAUUCUCCAUUAUUUUAUUCCUAUGUAUAUCUUAAAUAUAAUAGAGAUAAAGGAAUAAUUGAUGACAUAAUUUUAUUCACUAAAGUUGAAAAUGUUCAAAAAAAUGUAUUAGCUCAUUUAGAAAGAAUACAUGUAAAACUUAUGGAUUAUGACUCCGUUGUUUCAUAUUUAACAAAUAAUGUUUCAUCCAAAAGCGAAAACACCAAAAAUAAUAAUGGAAAAAAUAUUAUCCUAGGAAGCGUACAUGAAAAUCGCAGUCCACGUUAUGAUAUAUCUCUAAGCCCGCAUAUCAACUUAAUGAUAUACAUGCUUUUUAACAAAGAAAAGGUUUUAUUGAAAAAAUCACCAAUUGCAGAUAUGAAAGCAGUUAAAAAUUAUGUAGAAAUUGACAGUAUUAAAGAAGCUCAUGUUUUAGACGGUUUAGCUUUAUUGCAAUUUUUCCAUUGGUGUGAAGAAAAAAGAAAAACUAAAGAAUUAUUUAAGGAAACAGAAAUAUCUUUAAGAGACAAAAUCGACUAUUUUAGAUCAACCAAAAAAAAUUUUAUAUUCCCAUCUUUCUCAACUAUAUCAGCUAUAGGCCCCAAUUCUGCUGUUAUUCAUUAUGAAUCGACAGAAGAUACUAAUGCUAAAAUAACACCAAAUAUUUAUUUACUAGAUUCUGGAGGACAAUAUUUACAUGGAACAACAGACGUAACAAGAACAACCCAUUUUGGUGAGCCAACUCCUGAAGAAAAAAAAUUAUAUACCUUAGUUUUAAAAGGCCAUUUAAGUUUAAGAAAAGUUAUCUUUGCUAGUUAUACCAAUUCAAUGGCUUUAGAUUUCUUAGCACGCCAACCAUUAUUCAAUAAUUUUCUAGAUUAUAAUCACGGAACUGGUCAUGGCGUUGGUACAUGCUUAAAUGUACAUGAAGGUGGAUGUUCUAUUUCUCCAGCUACUGGAACACCAUUAAAAGAAAAUAUGGUACUUUCUAAUGAGCCAGGUUAUUAUUGGGCAGACCAUUUUGGUAUUAGAAUCGAAAACAUGCAAUAUGUAGUCACUAAAAAACAAACGAAUGACGCUAAAUUUUUAACUUUUAAUGAUUUAACCCUUUACCCAUAUGAAAAAAAAUUAUUAGACUAUUAUCUAUUAACCCCUGAAGAAAUUGCAGAUAUUAACGAAUACCACCAAACUAUUAGAAACACUUUAUUACCAAGAAUUAAGGAAAAUCCAUCAGACUAUGCUAAAGGAAUAGAUCAAUAUUUGAUGGAUAUAACCGAACCAAUUCACACUAAGUAG